AUGUCUACAGUAACAGCAGCUGAGGGGGAGGAGGCUCCUCCGCUCCCUGAUGAGCUCAUCUCGAAAUUGAUCGCUUUGGAUGAGGAUUACACUGCGAUCCAAAAGAAGCUGGAGCGGGAGAUAAGGGCGUUGGAGAGAAGCUACGACAAGCAGCUACUCCCCAUCAUAGAGGCUAGGGGCCGACUACUGUCCACGGAGGGAGGAUCGAAUCGUGGCAGGGGAUUCUGGAAGAAGGUGUUGCACAACUCGGCAGAGUUCGAGGACGAUAUCGAGGAGUGGGAUCUGCCCGUGUUGGAGUACCUUGUGGACGUCAGAGCAAAUGUGAUCAUAUCUAGGAUGGACGGCGACGACCCUCGGGGCUUCACCAUCACUUUCGUCUUCGAGGAGAACCCCUACUUCAGCAACGAUGAGUUGACCAAGAAGUACCACUAUGGGGAGGGCAAGGACUUCUUGAAGGAAACCCAGAUAGUUGAGAUAGAAAGCGAUGCAAUUCAAUGGAAGCCUGGCAUGGACGUGACAGUGGAGACCGUGAAGAAGAGGAAGAAGGGCAUGGUGAAGACUGUUACGCGUGCUCGCCCGAGCUUCUUCCAAUUUUUCACCUCCCUGGGCCCUAAUCAUCCUAUUCCUGAGUGGCUCGAGUCCAUGUAUGAGGAGGAGGAGGAGGAUGACGACGAUGAGGUUGACCGCUUACAUAUGGUGAUGGCCGAUGAUUGGGAACGAGCUGAGAUGUUGAAAGACAAUAUCAUUCCUCAUGCUAUAAGAUGGUAUACUGGAGAGGCAUGUUCUGAGGACGAAGAGGACGAAGAGGGUUCCGAGUACACCAUUGAAGAGGAUGAUGAGGUAGCUGUCAUCGCGGUGGCGGAGGCGAACUUCUGA